GUAUUACAAUGUUGGUACCAUAAUGCUAAAAACAAGUGACAAACAGAAUGCAUUAUAUAUGUGAAGGUGAAAGAUGCAAUAUUUUAAUGAAGAAAUCAUGACAUCUCUGCGGAUGUGUCAUCGAUUUCGUUUACUAAUUGAAUUAUUAUAAGAAUGCCGAAAAAAGAAUCUAGUAAUAAAGCACGAGAAUGGGAACGAGAUCGUCGAGAAAGACUAAACGAGACUUUUAAUUUACUCAGCACUUUGUUGCCUAGUUAUGAUCCAUCAAUCACCAGAAGUAAAAUUGAAAUUCUUCAAAAGGCUGUUGCUUACAUUUCUGAUCUACAGAAAGAAAACAAGGAAUUAGUAAAGGGUGAUAAAGACCAGGCAUGCUGGAAACAAGUUCGUCAGCUAAAGCAUCGUAUGGAAAAUCUCCUUCGCCGUGUUCAACAACUUACUCGCCUUCUUCAUGAUGCUGGGAUAUCAGUUCCUCCAGAAUUACCAAAGGAUGGACAACCACCUCUUCGAGGGCGACCUCCCAAAUGGAGUAAUAAAAUUCGACAAGAAGAUGCUACUGCUUUGCUUGAAAAAGUUAAAAGCAGUAAGUCGAAGCGAGCAAAUAAGAAGAAAGAAAGAGCCCCCUUAAAUGCUUGUGGAAAUAAAAUAAUACCCAAUGAGCCCAAAGCAGCAGUUAUUGUGUCAACUGUGUCUGAAAGUAGCAAUAUAAAAACUGUUUCAACUACCUCGAAGACGAAGCUAGGCAAAGUGACGAAGAUCACCAAGGUGUCAAAAGGAAGAGGAAAGAAAAGUGACAUUGUAAGAAAGUCAGGAUGUGAGGAACUUCCAACUGUUACUCAGCUCUUGGGGCUUAGUCUGAAUGACAUUGAUGUAGCUCCUACUGUUGUUCCUCCACCCCAACUUUCUGGAAGUGGAGAAUUGAUGAGCAGCCACUUGAAUGGGGUGACACCUAACACUGCUGGGACCAACGUCACUGUCUUAGCAUCCAACAUACCACAAGUGCCACAAGGAUUCAUUGUGAUUCCAAAGGGCAACUCUUUACCAACUACCUCAAAAGCACAUCUUCCUCAGUCACAAUGCAUUGUUGUGGCACCUGCUUCCCAAGCAGUCACUUGUAGCCAGCAAAAUCAACAACCUUGUGUUGUCAUGCCUUCAAAAGUGCAGGCUACCAAAGUAAUAAAGACUUCAAUGCCAAUACAGCAGCCUAUUCCUAUGGUUCUUUCUAGCACCACUAGUGCCCUGGAAAAUGUAGCUAAUCCAACUGUACAGAAAUCAGAUAGUGCAGUAGCUGUUACUAAUUCACACCUGUUGACAACCCCUAUCAUGGCAACAGGAAUGCAAACUUGCUCCACUCCCACUCUUCUGCCGACUCAAGGAGCCAGUCUCACAGGUCUUGGACCUGGCACAUUGAUACUAGCCAAUGGCAGUAUUUUACCCAUCUUCCCAUCUUCACAGCCAGCCUCUGCUGUCCCUAGGGUGCUAACCCCCAGGAAUAGCACACAGAUUGUCAUGAACUCUGGUUCAAACAUUCCAGCUCAAGUUUUGCCCAAUCAGUCAGUUUUAUUAGUGCAAAACAAGGCACAUUCUACCUCAGAUGUUAGUACAUCAAAUGCAAAACCUCGUCGAAUUUAUUCUCUCUGUCUUCCAAAGCCUUUGAAACGGAAAGGAGUGGAUUCCACAAGAACUAAUAAAGUACCUAUAUCAGCACUGACAUCUCGAAGUCAACUUAUCCGUUCCAUAGCUACCAGUGCACAGGUUCCUGUGAGUAAACAUGCAAACAGGAUAGGAGAUACUAGAAGCAGUAAACGAAUAUCUGAUAAAAAAUCCAAUAGCAUUCAGAAGGGAAAUGGCCGAAAUUCCAAGGCUAAUGCCAAAAUACAAAAUAAAAAUAAAAUAACUAUUGUUGAAGAAAAUAUAGAGAAUAAUUUACAGACUUGUGUUGAAAAGAAUAAAGCUGUAGAAUCUGGAAUCUCAGAAAUUGCAUCUAUUAAUUCAACAGCUAAAGAAAAUGUUGAUGAACAUGUCAACAAUAAUGUUGCAGAACCUCAGAUAAAUUGUGCCAUAACUCGUGAAAUUUUGAACAAUAUUAGUCCAGUUGAUCAGAAAUGUAAAAAAGAGGAUUUAAAUGUUAGAGAUUGCUACAAUAAAAGAACACGGGACGUUAAUGAAGAUACUACAACAAAGUGUAGCAAACAAGUAAAGUAUUCACAUAAAAAAGAUGAUGCUGUAAAUACUCAGUCUGGUUCAUCUGAACAAACCUCAUUUUCCACUUCAAAUAUUGCAAAUCCUGAUUCAUUCACAAGUACUCCUGUUGAUGGACAAACAAAAAAAACAAACGAAGAGAGUGUGAAGGCAUAUGGAGGAAAUGACUAUUACUCAAUUGAUUCAAUCUGUAAAAGUAAUGAAAAAGUUGAACACACAACAGAUACAACCAUUUCUUCUUUGGACACCUCAGAGAAAAACAUUAAUACAGAAACAAGUGCCUCUUUCCAGAGUAAAGAAAAUGGUGACUCUUCUGUUGUAAGUAAUGAUAAAGCAAUUUCUUGUGAUGCUAAUAAGUUGUGUUCCGCUGAAUCAUACACCAACUUACCUUCUACCAUGACUAGUGUAGCAUGCAUGAAGGGUGAUAGUAUGCCUAACGAGCAACUUACAAACUCAAGUAAUGAUUUUAAUGCAACCUCUUGUUCUCCUGGAAAUCCUUUGACAUGCCCUUCAAUAAGGCAAAGUGAAGCAGCUAAGGAAAGCAAUCAAGAUAUAUGUAAUUCAGCCAUUUACAAUGGCAGCAAAAACAUGGUUGGUGACAUCUCAAAUAAUUUGAAAUCUUCAUCAAACAAUGAAAACUGUAAUAUUACUUCAAUUGCUAGUGUAAGAAAGUCAAGUCAAACCUUAGAAGAAUCAUCUAUGUCCAACAACGUAUUUCAACAAGAAACGUCAGUCAGGUAUUCACAACCUGUAUCUGCAGAGGUUCCCUUGUUUUCUCCUAAAGCACAAAACGACAUUUCUGAAAGUGAAGCUCCAGGCAAAACAACUGUACAAACAGAGUUUGGAUCAGAAAAUGCCCAUAAAAUUCAGAAUGAUAUUUCAGAGCAUUCACUCCAUAACAAUACUUCUCAUUUGUCUAAUGGAAUUGCAAAUGAACAAUCUCCAACCACUGUUGUUAGGGUAUCUGAUAUACAGUUUUCCAAAUCGAAUUGCUCAGUUCAAUUAGAAUCGUGUAAAGUAGACAACAGGGACAAUAUAGAUACCUCAGAAAAUAUUAAAGAAAUUGAAAAAUCUCCCAAGAAUGAUUUUUCAGGAAGCAGCAAUGUGCAAUCAGAAUUAUCUUCUACAGAAUAUAAUACAUUCUCAUCUGUGUCUGAAGGCAAUGUUAGCGCAUGUUCUUCUGCAAACAAGAUUUUUAGAAGCAAUGAAAAUUUGGACUUGGGUGCAUCAGCAACUUCUUCAUUAUGUUUAUCUCUUCAAAAUAAUGAACUUUCAAAUGAUUUGUUUGCCUCACUUCAGGUACCUUCUGGAGGACAACAUGCUGAAUCCAUCUCCCCCACUGCUGCUUUUCUUUUGGCUUUCCCUUUGGUUUCAACGUCCAAGGUGUCAGAUAUAAUUGGUGAUUCACAAGAUGAUGUGGGCAGUGAUAGUUUGCAAGGCACAUCUACACUUUUGCAGAUUGGAAGCUUAGAUUCAGACCAUCAUUCAGAGGCAAUUAUCUCGAGAUCACCAACAUUUCAAAGUGCAAAUAAUUCAAGUAAGAUAUUACCUCAACCCACACUUUGUCAGAAGGAAUCCAGAGUAGAGCAUCAGGAAUUAGAAUGCCAACAGUUUCUAUCAUCAUCUAGUAAAAUUGAUAGAAAUUCAGAAAAAAUUAAAGUUGAUCACAUAAAAUUUUCUGACUCUUUGGAUGAGACAGAAAAGAUAAGCAAUAAAAACUGGAUAUCAUUACAGACACCAUCUCAUUCUGAAACAAUAAGCAAAACCGAUAUAGAUGAAAGUAGAGAAAGAAAUUUAGAUGCUCAGACUUUUACAAAGGAGUGCCUUGAUUCACAGAUGAAGAAUAGAGAAAUGACAGGAGACUGCACUAAAGAAAAAGCUUUGGAAGAGAGUUGUACAUUCAAUGCUACAAAAGAAAUGCGUAAUGUAGAUUGUUCUUCAAGAUCUCUUAAUGCAGAAUCAUCACAGCAAACAAGUUCAAAUGUACCACCUUUUUCAGAGAGGCAAUUUGUUGCACCUAUCUAUAAUUCUAAAGAACAUUCUCGUCUUACAAGUAUAAAACAGGAUCAAACACCACAAAAUUCAUCAGCAUUGCAAAUUACGCCUGACAGAUCUAUAAACUUUGUUAAUCCUUCAACUUCCAAAGAUGAAGAGAGAAAUUUUAGAUCAGCAUACAAAAAUUUAGCAUUAAACUCUUCAAAUUCUGCAACUACUUCAUCUUCAGGAGUUUCUUUUCCAAUGGGGAAAAAUGUGUCAGAGCAAGCCACUAUGACUGAGGAUGAAAGAACUUCUCAUUCGAAUUCGUUAGAAUCUUCCAACAAAAUAAAACAGACAUCGUUUUCUUCUGCUGACUGUAGUGGCUAUUCUACUACAUCACAAAGUGGAUAUAUGUUAAGUAAUAUAGUUGAAAAUGAAAAAUGUAGUAUACCAUCUUUUUCUGUUGCCCACAAUUCAUCAAAUUUUAGCAUUUUAUCAUGGACCACAUUGUCUCCAACUUCAACUAUGACCAAUACAAGUCAGUAUGAUGGAUUUGGUACUCCGAAUUCUGUGGCUGCUUCUCAAAAUAAUUAUUUGUCAGUUCCUAAAAAACAAAAUAAGAACAUCUGCUCAGCAGAAGUCUGUCCUGUUAUGACAUCAUCAAGUGUUCCCGAGACAUGUCAGCCACAAAUGAAAGAAACUCUUAGUUCUCAUACCAUUAACAAAUUUUCAGAAUCAAACUCUAGCUCUUUAUUGCAAAAUUCUAAUAAUCAGAAUUAUCUUCAACAUUUUCUUCCAGAUCAAAGAAAAAUGGUGACCUCUGUUGCCCCUUCAAGCAUUGAUAAUACAGCAUCGCAAGGUCCACAGUUGUGUGCAACUGGUAAAGUACCGGAGAGUGAGCAGCAGCAUCGUCCUCCAGUGAAUUGGAUGACAACUCCUGAUGUUAGGGGAGGUCAACAUUCAAUGAACUUAAUACCCUCAAAUUCUGUUGUAAAUAGAGCAAUACCUUCAAAUUCAGCGACAGUAUCUGGGGCAUCUGUAAAUGCAGUUACUUCAAAAGAUAACCAAUACUGUAGUAUCAGCAGCAGUCAGAAUGUAUUUAUCAGUUGCAUUUCAAGUACUCUUCCGACCUUCGAUACUAGAACAUAUACAAGUAAUACAUUCUAUGGCACACAAAGUGUUUCUUCCCAAAAUUCUCAGGGUAAUUGUUAUCAGAGUGGCACUCAUGGGCAAGGACUUACAGAAGAUUCCAAUCCCAAUAGCAAACAAUUACAUUUUACAAGUUCUUUGAAUCGGCUUACUGAUGUUCACAUGGGGCAAACUCAACUAAAUGAAACAUAUUCUGUUCCCUGGUUGCAAAAGAAACCUAAUCCAUCAUCAGUGUGUAGCACUGAAAGUAGCAGUAGUAAUUUCAUUUCUUCAUCUUUACCAACUUUAGUUGGAGAUCUUGCAUUGGGUACAAAUUAUCCCCUGUCAGUAAAUGAUGAUGAGCAAGGAAGCAAAGGAUUAUCAUCAUCAGUAAAUUUUCAUCCAAAAAUGACUGAAAAAAAGAGUAAUGUUUGUAACUCAGGAAAUAAUUCUCUUGAAGAAGACCAGUCCAAGCAGAUUCCGACAGUUUCUAAGAAUAAUGAUCACAAUAAAGAUCGAGGUGCCAUUAAAACUUCAGUUCAAGAAUUCAGAACUAACUCUUCUCAGUCAUCAGGCAGUAGCUUUUUAUCAGUCAGUCAAUUAGUGAAUCAAGCACAUCCAUGUGAAAAUUCUACCCGAGAACACACGAUUUCUCGAGAAAGUAGCCACAUUAGUAAUAGAGUUCUAUUGCCUAAUAAGAAUACCAAUCAUUCUCAGUCUCAUCAGAUAACAAAUCUAUCUUCAACAUUAGAAGAACCAAAAGAACAAAUUAGUUCCUUAAGUAGUUCAGAAAAGGAAAUGAACCGAAAGCCUCGCCCUGAAAUUGAUCAGUCAUGUGUAAGCAUUAGAUCUUUUGAAAGUAGAAUAUCUCUAUCUCACUCUAGAGAAGAAGAAGCAAGAAGGAAAAUAGAAACAAGUCAAGUGAGAGGAAGCAACCAUUACAUUCAAGAAAUAACGAGCAAUAUCACACCAGCUCUCAAUAGUAGUAAUAGUAAUAGUACGUUUUCUAUUACUUCCAGUACACAAGCCACCUCAACACUCUCUAGUGUUUCUUGGUCAUCAGGGAAUGUUGUCAAACAACGCAGUGCAAAGGGGAGUUCUUCAGGUUGCAAAGCACCUGCUAGCAGCUAUUCAGCUGAAGCUCUUAUUGGUUUGAAUUCUCAAGUAACAGAUCGUGGACUAGGAACCAUGAGUGACUCGCGAGUUAACAAAGUCAUCACAUUACCUCCACCUGUAGUUUCUGAAAGGUUUUGCCGACACCAGAAUUAUCCACCAGCCUCUACAGCCCGGCCAAUACAAGUACCCCCACCAUUCAGUACUGACACAAUUCUUCCCAGCAAUUACUUCACGUCUAUGGAGUUACAAACUUCCCAUCAAGAUGGCAGUUCUAGUACUUCUCAAAAUGUGAACAAUUCUCAGAGCAAUUUAACUUCUCAUUCACAUCAGAAUCAACAGGGAUUUAACACCUUCCCUGCGUCUUCUUCUCAGUCUGCAGUGCGUGCCUCAAAUGGACAAUGCAACAGUGUACUCUAUUCACAUUCAGACUUUAUGUCUAGUGUUGGCUCUGCACAUCCAUCUCACUCUUUGCCCCCAGUGUCCCUUCCAUGUAAUUUUCUCCCAGACUUAGGGUCAAAUAACUCUUAUACCUCUGGAAUUCUUUCUGAUUCUGGAAAUCCUUUCCUUUUCCCAUCUUCUUCAAUUCCUGUUUCAAGAGGAUCAUCAGCAUGCCAUAGUAUGGGAGGGGGGAAGCAAAGUUUAACGCACUUACACAGCUCUACCCAAGUUACAACAGGUGCUGGAAUCAGUGAAGGACAUGAAACUUCAAACCAAAUUGUUCCCACACUUCCACUUGGAGAUAAAGAGCCGUAUUCAGGAAAUUCUCUCAGAUGCAACACCGGAAGCAGUACAACUCGUAGACCAGUGACCUCAGAAGCAAAUAUGUUACAGCAGAACACAGUUGAAGGUGGAACUAUAAGCAGUUCAUCAAAACAAAGAAUUAAAAAGCGCACUUCAGAACCAGCAACACAUUCAAGUUCUACAGGUCUUGGUGGACUUAUGGAUCUUGGGUACCUUGGGAUACCUCCAGUGAUUGGUUCACCUAUGCUUCCUGAUGAGGGAACAUUCAUUAAUCAUUCUGGUGGAUUUUUGGCACCAAAUUCACAACAUACUACUCCUUCUCUCUAUCCAGGAGCUCCAACUCCAUCACAAGGAUCAUUCUAUCCAACAACAUCUUCCCAUGGGCAGUCCAAUGCUUCCCAUGCGAGUCAUUUACCUGUCAACAGUGCAGGCUUCACAACUCAGACCACUAGAGGAUUACAACUUGGCAACAUGGUAUCUCCCAGUGUUGUAAAUUCAAGUGGAACUUCUCUUACUAACUUCAAUCUCAGUACAAUCUUUCCUGAAAUUAAUGAGAAGCAAGUACCAAACAACGCAUACAACAGUAGUGUUUCCAAAGAGUCUGGUCCUCUGUUAAGUUCAUCAAUGCCUACAACUGCACCCCGUCCACCACAUUCUCAGUUAAAUAAUAGUACUUCUAAUCAUAAUCGCCAACCUGCUACUUUGUUGCUCCCACCAGUGUCCAGUUAUGCCCAUAGACAAACUUCAGGCGAAGGGUCCAUAUGCUUACCACCGCCACCUCCACCACCCCCUCCUGUUCCCCUUCACUCAAGUGUUACUUUCAACAACCUUCUGAAUUCAACUGCUUCUCAAAUGUGCCAGAUGCAAUGGCGGUAAAACCAUCCAAGUGUAAUUCAAUAGUUAUAUUGACUCCUUUAGUGUAAUAUUACCCAGAUAUAUUCUAAAAAUGAGGAAAAUGAAUUCCUCAGGAAAAAUGCCCUUUUUUUCCUUUUACAGUGGAACACAAAUGCAAUCGAGAUUUUCAAGAUUAAAUAGAAUAUUUGCCUCAAUUGUGGGACUACAUUUACUUCCACCAAUAAUGUUAGAAGUCCUAUUCCAGUUACACCAAGGGUAAAAUAAUGAUCACAUGCAGUUAUUUGUUAAGAACACACCCUUGUGGAGCAUUUUUGUACCGGUGUUUAAUUUUUUUUUUUAAACUCAAGGUUUUCAUAUUGCAUUGUUGUAAAGAUAAUUUAUUGGGCAUAUAAUGUAAAUAUGUAAAAUUUGUAAAUCUUCUUUCCAAUUUGAUGUUGAGCAAGCUUUGUUUGUUUUGUAAUGUUCAGUAGCUGAAGUACAUAAUGGAAAAGAUUUUCUCUUGGAUUUGAAGAGAAUGUAUGAUAAUGUUAUUGAUUGGGAUAUAAAAUAAUGUGCUGAUUAGAUGUUAACAAAAUUUUCCAUUUUAAAAUUGAGAUUAUUUUUUGAAAAAAACAACAGAUUUCAGUUUUAUUAUAUCAUGGAUGGGGAAGCUAACUGAAUCAAUUUUGCUUUAUUUGAGCUCUUCGUGGUGAAAAUGUUCUACUCGUUUGUCUAAAACACUAUUAAGUCUCCUUCAGCAUUGUUGGCAAUAUUAUUCCUUUGAAGUACACUAAAUCUGAUGCUACCAUGUCUUGGGAUUUAAUAAAUUUUGUCUUUAAAUUUUUUUUGUUGAUGUUCUUACUAGAAAUUUAAAGCACUUUCAGUAACAAGUAUCUAUUCAUGCUUAUUUUUCAGUCUCAGAUUGAAUGAAAUAACAAAUUAUAAAUCUGUUCACAAUUCUUAACCUUAAAAACUUAUAAUGAAAGGUUGUCAGAGAUAUCCAUUUGGGUAGUGUUAUUUUAGGGGUGGAAUUAAAAUGACAUCAGAUUUGCUCCCCCUACCCUUACACACACCCCUACCCUAAUUUCUCCCUUCUGAUCUAGAUUGAUGGUAUGCCAAAUUUUAUCUCAAUAAAUUACAUUUAUCUGUGAAUAAAAAAAUCCUUGCAGUAAACACAUUUUUUAAAUUUAUUUUUAGUAGUUUUAAACUUGAAAAACAAAACUAUAAAUAUUUUGCAAUACAGCCAUAGGAAUAAAAUAAUUUGUUAAGCUUGUAAAAUAUUGGGUUUUACCUGAAUCUUCUUUAUGUACUGGAAAUUACUGUGGAUGAUUUUCCAUACAUGUAAAACAAAUUCUUUCUGUUCAUUAACAACUGACACUAUUUAAGUCUUUGCUAUAAGUUGAGGCAUUCA